CUCUCAUUGGACGGAAGUGCGGGCUGUAGUCGAAAAUGGAAAAAUCUCAAUGACAAUAUAUCCACACCGACCUUCCAAGCCUGACUGCUGAGUGCCCCCGACUGUACAGAUAAGUUAGGAAACAUUAGCGCCAGCACAGGAGUUCGUAUACCGGCAUGAGCGGCGAAAUUGCUCUGAUGGGCUUUUGGUGAUAUAUUCGGUGCGCAGAAUUCUUCUGACAGGAUAUAAGGCAUUUUCAUCAUCUUCAUCAUCCGCAGCAGUCGACAUGUUUGGCCAUCUUAUUAUGCUCGCUCAACUGGGCGGCAUAGCUCAAGCGGCAUACGUAUGGCCAUCGAAGUACGACAGGCUAGACGAUCUAUUGUAUCUCCAAGGCGGCUACAUCAGGAACGGCGAGCUCUCUGAUCAAGUUCGAACUUGUGACUUCGGCGCUGGUGCACCCGGCAUUCAAAAGUCUGCCGAAUGGCUCCGAACAGCUUUCCAUGAUGCCGCCACGUACGAUACAGCAACGAAACUUGGAGGCCUCGAUGCAUCGAUUCAAUUCGAACUUGAUCGCGCUGAGAAUAAGGGUGCUGCGUUGAACAACACUCUGGCCGAUAUCUCCAGCUCGUACAACACUCGCGACUCCGCAUCCGAUCUCUUGGCUCUCGCAAUGGUCAUGGCAGUUGAGAAGUGUGGCGGUCUUGUCGUGCCUCUUCGCUUCGGCAGAGUCGAUGCCACGAAGGAGGGAAUUGCAGGUGUGCCAGAGGCUCAUACCGAUUUGGAGACAGCGCAGAAGCGAUUCCAGACUAUGGGCUUUAGCCAAGAGGAGAUGAUCACUCUUGUUGCUUGUGGCCACACCAUCGGUGGAGUGCACAGUGUCGAUCAUCCGGAGAUUGUGACUGAGGGCGGAGUCAGCGAGGAGAAUGUGGCCAGAUUCGAUACGACAACUGGGAGCUUCGAUAAUGCGGUCGUGAACGAGUUCCUGAACAACACGACAAAGAAUCCUCUGGUCGUGGCGAAGAACGAUACUCUCAACUCUGACAAGCGUAUCUUUACCUCGGACAAGAACCAGACCAUGACCAAGCUUUCGGAUCCAGCAUAUUUCAAGUCGCAAUGCGAGUCGCUGCUAGAACGAAUGAUCAAUACCGUUCCAGGCAACGUGCAAUUGACAGAACCUUACCAACCAGCAGACAUUCGGCCCACGAUCAGCUCUUACCAACUCCGAGGCGACAAAGUCGAGCUUGCUGGCCGGAUCCGCGUUCGAACAACAGAGAGCACCGGCAGAAACGCUUCUGACAUCGAAGUAACCUUGCUUCCCGAGGAUUCCACGCAGACCAUCUCGACGACUAUGGCAACCUUCAAAGGCGGAUCAUCAUCCGGCUAUAAUAAGGAAAUCUUCAACUGGUACGAGUUCAAUUCGACCUUGGACGCAGGUGCGAUCAAAGCAUUCGACAUCCAACUCAGUACUCGUUCGACAGGAAAGGUUGUCACGAACGACAACGGUGGCACAGGAGGCUUCCCACUAAAUGCGGACAUCUUCUGGCAGAGGGAGUCAUCGUGCUUGGCAUUCGAUCAAAGUACUCAGACCACUCGCUUUUCUGUUGUUGUGGCGAUUCGCGAACAAGUCGUAGAAAACGCUGCGCCGCAAAUUGUCGUCGUGCAGCGAGAGACCAUGCUAGGAUCGCAUAUGCCUCAUUUGGUCCAGGAGACGAUCGAGAUGAAGCGUACCGAGAAGGUCGUCGGAGGGUAUGUGUUCUAUCAGGCGGAUGCUACGCUCAGAGAUCAGAGUGUCAGUGGGACGAUGUUUGAUAUUGUGGUUGGAGAGUCGAAGCUGGAAUUCUUGGAGACGAAUGAUGUUGCUUCAAAUGCGUGUCAGGUAGCUUCGUGAGUAUGGUUUGACUGCUGUAAUUUGUUAAUGUCAAUUCAAAGUUGGAAAGGAGUGUCAAAUGUGAUGGGCCGGA